AUGAUCAUUUCUUGAACCUCAAAAAGCUCUCAAGAGAAGAAACCAACUAGGGCCAAAUUCCAACACCCUAAAAUGGCUUCUAAGAUGCUCUUGUUGUUUCUCUUUUUUGUAGCACAAGAGCAAUAUAAGUUAGUGAAAGGAGAUACAAGUUUGAUAAAGAGAACUUGCAAGAACACAAAGUACUAUAACCUAUGCUUCUCUUCCCUAAAAUCUGAUCCUAGCAGCCCAACCGCAGAUUCAAAGGGCUUAGCAGUGAUCAUGGUUGGAAUUGCAAUGACCAAUGCAACCUCAACUUCUUCCUAUUUGUCCUCUAAGCUUCUUAGUCCAAAAACCAACAGCACAACCUUAAAAAUGGUCCUCAAAGAAUGUGCAGACAAAUACUCUUAUGCUGGUGAUGCACUCCAAGAUUCGGUUCAGGAACUUUCUGAUGAGAACUAUGACUAUGCUUACAUGCACAUCUCUGCUGCAAAAGAUUACCCAAAUGCAUGUCACAACGCUUUCAGACGCUACCCUGAUUUGGUUUAUCCUCCUGAUCUUGCUCGUAGAGAAGAAGGUUUGAAGCAUAUAUGUGAUGUGGCUAUGGCUAUUAUUGAUAACCUUGAUUGGUAGUUAGUAUGUUGCAUCCAUUAUGAUUUGUGAGACAUGCAUUCUCUAUCUACUGAAUCUUAAUUUCCUGUUAUUUGUCUCAAUAACUUUGUAAUAAUGUAUAUACUAUUUCGUGUUUUGUUUAUUGUUUUUUGAGUUUUGGCCUAAGUUUUAUUAAAA